UUAGACAAUAGACACAAAAAUUUCGCGCCUUUUGCUAAAAAAACAUUGUUUUUUUUAACCGAUUUGUUCGUGCGGUGCUCGAGAUAAAUGUAAAUAAAAUAAGUAAACAAAGAAUAAAUUAUACAAAAUGUCAACUCCUUCAAAGCGACCAUCAUCUCGAGCUUCAUCUGAUGCAGCCACUCCUUCUCGAAGAACAAGAUCUUCGCAACAGCUUGUUGUGCCGGAGACUCCCCAACGAUCUACCGGCACUCCUUCCAAAGAUGGCACUCCAGGCACUCCUCACCAAACCCCUCGCACUCCACACCGGGAAGCUCCGGGCACCUCGCCAGCGAGAGCACUUCCCUCCAGUCCACUUGGUACUGACAUAGACAUGAGCUCUCCGCUGAAUUAUGGCACACCCAGCUCACUGAGCACUCCUCGGUCACUGUUGAGGGGAGCUAUGACCCCAGCGAGACAAAGGGCUGAUCUGAGAGGACACCAGAGUGGCCCCAAUGUGCCUGCACCUACACCUGGCAGGGGGGCAGCAACAACUGCUGACACAGCAGAACCAUCAAGCGAGCCUCAACUAGUUGUGUGGGGAACUGAUGUAGCGAUAGCAGAGUGUCGAGAGAAGUUCAUGAAAUUCAUUCAGAGGUUCAUUGAACCUACUGCCGAGACCACGGAACCAUUGUAUGAGAUUAAAUUAGAAGAGAUUCACACAUUGGAAGAGCCAUUUUUGGAUUUGGAUUGUGAACAUGUGAAAAUAUUUGAUUCCAAAUUACACAGACAACUUGUAUGCUAUCCUCAAGAGGUAAUUCCAGCAUUUGACGCUGCAGUGAACGAGUUAUUCUUCGACAAGUAUCCAGCGGCUGUGUUGGAACAUCAAAUACAAGUGCGGCCCUACAACGCUCCACAGCGACAUAUGAGAGAUCUCAACCCGGAAGACAUCGACCAGCUGGUGACGAUCUCGGGCAUGGUGAUCCGCACGUCGGGCAUCGUGCCGGAGAUGCGCGAGGCGUACUUCCGCUGCGCGGUGUGCGGCGCGGCGGCGGCCGGCGAGCUGCAGCGCGGCCGCGUGCCCGAGCCGGCGCACUGCGCGCACUGCGCCACCGCGCACAGCUUCCAGCUCGUGCACAACCGCUCGCACUUCAGCGACAAGCAGCUCGUCAAGCUGCAGGAGGCGCCCGAUGAUAUGCCAGCUGGACGGACGCCGGCUACGGUGAGCGUGAUGGCACAUGGAGCGCUAGUAGAGCGUGUGGGCGCGGGCGAACGCGUCGCCAUCACCGGCGUGUUCCGCGCCGCACCAGCCGCCGUCAACCCGCGUCGCGCCACGCUCAAGGCGCUGCAUCGCACGCACCUCGACGCGCUGCACUACAAGAAAACGCAUAGUGACCGUUUACUGGAGACUGAGGAGGGCAAAGAGCACCAAUUCCCUCCAGAACGUAUAGAGCUGUUCAGGGCACUAUCAUCGCAGCCGGACUGCUACGAGCGGCUCGCGCGCGCCAUUGCGCCCUCGAUCUACGAGAACCUCGACAUUAAGAAGGGUGCUCUGCUGCAACUGCUGGGCGGCACUAAGAAGAACUUUAACGCCGCUGGACGGACGCAUUUUAGAUCUGAAAUAAACAUUCUUCUCUGCGGGGAUCCCGGUACCAGCAAGUCGCAGCUGCUGCGCUGGGUGCACGCGCUGGUGCCGCGCGCGCAGUACACGUCGGGCCGCGGCUCGUCCGCGGUCGGCCUCACCGCCUACGUCACCAAGGACCCUGACACCAGGCAACUGGUGUUGCAGACGGGAGCUCUGGUGUUAGCUGACAACGGCAUCUGCUGCAUAGAUGAGUUUGACAAGAUGAAUGAUUCCACACGCAGCGUACUGCACGAGGUAAUGGAGCAACAGACGCUGUCGAUAGCCAAAGCGGGCAUCAUUUGCCAGUUGAACGCGCGAACGUCCAUCUUGGCAGCCGCCAACCCGGCCGAGUCGCAGUGGAACAAAAACAAGACCAUAGUAGAGAACGUGCAGCUGCCACACACGCUCAUGUCCAGGUUCGACCUGAUAUUCCUGGUGCUGGACCCGCAAGACGAGGUGUUCGACCGGCGGCUCGCGUCUCACCUCGUGUCACUGUACUAUCAAGACCCCACCAACUCGCAGGACGAUGAGGAUAUUGUGAGUAUGAGCUUGAUGCGCGAUUACAUAGCGUUCGCCAAGGAGCACGUGCAGCCGGCGCUUUCAGACGCGGCGCAGCAGCGACUCAUAGACGCCUACGUCGACAUGAGGCGAGUGGGCAGCGGGCGCGGCCAGAUCUCCGCGUACCCGCGGCAGCUGGAGUCGCUCAUCCGGCUGGCGGAGGCGCAUGCGCGCAUGCGGCUCUCGGCCGUCGUCGAGAUCGUGGACGUGGAUGAGGCUGCUCGGUUACACAGAGAAGCACUGAAGCAGUCGGCGACCGACCCGGCGUCGGGGCGCAUCGACGUGGGCAUCCUCACGACGGGACUGGGCGCGGCGGCGCGGCGGCGGCGCGCGGACCUGGUGGCGGCGCUCAAGCUGCUCAUCCAGCCGUACAGCAAGCCGCACACCCUCACGCACGCCAAGCUGCUGCAGGAGAUCAACGCCAGCUCGCAGUUCACGGUGUCGCGUGAACAACUGGACGAGGCGUUGCGCGACCUUCAAGACGAAGGGAAAGUGGUCAUCGUCAGUCACACGCAUCUGCGACUUUGUUAACAUUCCUACUAGUGUACUACCAUUCGUAUCGGAUCGAUUAAUAUACAGGAUGCUCUGGAGUAUUUCCCAUAACUCUUUACCGAAAAUCAAUUUAAAAUGUUCAAAGAACAUGUGUUCUAAAAUUAAUAUUUUCAGAGUAAAUAUUAUUUCUUUUGUAAAUAGAUCUUAAAAUAUGCCUCUUAUACGCAUCCGCAACUUUAAAAUUUUAAAUUGCAAGGCUAGAUAAAGGCGUGUGUUACAUGGAUAGUCGGGAUUAUUUUAAUUACUUUGUAUGAAAACAUAAAAAGUUUAUAUUUUUUAUUACAAAAAAAAUAAUUUUUCAAAUCAGUUCAGGCGUCUUCAAGUAAUCGAUGUACAUACAUUAAAAAAAAAAAACGAUACCUUUAACCGACGAUUACGAUCGAAACGAAACGAAACGAAACGAUACCGAUAAUUUGAGAACCUCCUCCUUUUUGAAGUCGGUUAAAAAUUAUUAGUUAUGCAGUUCGGCUCCUUUAUGUGGACUCGUCAACAUUUUGAAGUUAUGGGCAAUACUCCCCAGCACUCUGUAUAGUUGAAUAGAAGCAAGACUGUGCCGUAGUUCAUUAUGAAUAAAUGAUUUAUUUUUAUAUUCUCCCCAAUAAACCGGCGAAUACAACCCAAGCGUUCAAAGCCAGGAAAACUUUCUACGUAGGUAUUUAAAAAAUAAAUCAAUCAUUAAAUGCUAUGUAGACCUACCAUGCGUCAAAGACAUGUCGUUGAAGAAAAAAAAGACAUUGUCGACCAAUAGCGGCAGAUUUAAAUAUCGCUUUUUCUUUUGUACAAAUGCAACAAAGAAAACGAUAUUUUGAAUCUGACACAACAUUUUUCAACAUUUUUCAUUAUGUCCUGUCUACAGGACACUUUACCCACCUAUUUUAAGAACAGUUUUUUACCCACCUAUUUUAAGAACAGUUGAUUUUAUAUUAAUAACAUUGUUAUCUGAGAUAAUGUUUUGAGAUUGUGAAUUGUUUUUAAGUGAAAUAUAAAAUGAGAACCAAUAACUGUUUGAUUUACAAUAAAUAAUGUUAGAAUUA